CGCAUGCGUCGCUCACUCAAGGGCUACACUGUCAUGGCGGUGACGAGCUGAAGCUACCGGAGCGGAGCAGGAAGCAAACGCAGCGCAGCUGGGCUCGCAACGCUGUCAUUUCACCGAGUCUGCGGGAGUUUCACGGGGGAGCACCGAAGCGGACCUCCGUCGGCUUUUCAUCGGCUGCUGCAGACGGAAUUAUCCCCCCCCCCUACCCCUUUAUGUUAGUGAGUUUGUGGCUGAGCCGAGCGCGUUUACCUGUCAAGUAUCUGCGCUCAGCGACACCAACUUCCACCGCGGAUCGGAGGGGAUAAAGUGGAGGUGAAAACAGGUGAAAAAAAAUUAAGAAAGGAACCUUGCUUCACCUGCUCCUCUCAUUUUGGCACACUUUUUUUUUUUUAACUGCGUUAAUUCAUCUUUCUGAUAUCAAGUUGCGAACCGGGGCAGAGUAGUUCAUUGUGGUAGAGGAGCGGUGACAUUUACAGCCUUUUACAGCCUCGCAGCUUCAGCCGUUACACAUUUUUUUUUCCUUCUCUCUCGUCCCCUUUUUUAUUAAAGGAUCGCUCGUUCAACAAUUUGGAUGGGGAGGAAAGCGUUUUGCUUAUGUGCCUGUAGAUCGUCCACGACUCAUCUGAAGGGGAGAAGAUAGAGCCCUCUUUCUCCUCCUCCUCGUCGGCUGCCUGUCUCUGUCGCGGAGGUGAACAGGUGCCUUACCUGUGGACGCACCUGUCCUUCCCGAGCAAUGGCGAGCGCUGCGGAGCCCGCGGACGGACAGGACGGGCAGGACGGACGGGACGGACGGCCGGCCGCCGUGGCCCUCAACCCCGGAGUGCCUAUCAGAGGGAUACGGAUGAAAUUCGCCGUCCUCGCCGGCCUGGUGGAAGUUGGGGAAGUUUCCAACAGAGACAUCGUGGAGACUGUGUUCAACCUGCUAGUCGGUGGCCAAUUUGACUUGGAGAUGAACUUCAUCAUCCAAGAACCGGAGAGCAUUGUGUGCAUGGUGGAACUGCUGGACAAGUGUGAGCCAAACUGUCAGGCGGAGAUAUGGAGCAUCUUCACUGCAAUCCUCAAGAAAAGUGUCCGUAACCUGCAGGCGUGCACUGAUGUGGGGCUCAUUCACCUGGUGCUGCAGCGUACAUCAACAACUGACAGCAUGAUUGCAGACCUUCUGGUGGACAUGUUGGGUGUCCUUGCCAGCUACAGCAUCACAGUGAAAGAGUUGAAGCUUUUCUUCAGUAAGCUGCAAGGAGAGAAAGCCCAGUGGCCACGUCAUGCUGUGAAGCUUCUGUCAGUGCUAAAAUACAUGGCUCACAGGAACGGUCCUGACUCGUUCUUCAGUUUUCCAGGGAAAAAUGCUGCUGCGAUAGCUCUGCCUCCAAUAGCAAAAUGGCCAUACCAGAAUGGAUUUACAUUCCACACGUGGCUCCGGAUGGAUCCUCUCAACAACAUCAAUGUAGACAAAGACAAGCCUUACUUGUACUGUUUCCGCACCAGUAAAGGCCUGGGUUACUCUGCACAUUUUGUGGGUGGUUGUUUGAUAGUGACUUCAUUAAAAUCAAAAGGCAAAGGAUUCCAGCACUGUGUAAAGUAUGACUUCAAACCACAGAAGUGGUACAUGGUGACUAUUGUUCACAUCUACAACCGCUGGAAAAACAGUGAAAUUAGCUGCUAUGUGAAUGGAGAACUGGCUUCCUAUGGAGACAUCGCCUGGUUUGUCAACACCAGUGACACGUUUGACAAGUGUUUCCUUGGAUCCUCGGAGACGGCGGAUGUGAACCGUGUGUUCUGUGGUCAGAUGGGGGCAGUUUAUCUGUUCGCAGAAGCUCUCAGCGCUGCUCAGAUCUUGGCUAUCUAUCAGCUGGGUCCAGGCUACCAGGGCACUUUCAAGUACAAGGCAGAGAGUGACUUGUUGUUUGCGGAGCAUCAUAAGACCUUAUUGUACGAUGGCAAGCUGUCCUCUAGCAUCGCCUUCACCUACAACCCUCGCGCCACAGAUGCCCAGCUCUGCCUUGAGUCCUCCCCCAAGGACAAUGCCUCAAUUUUCGUCCACUCACCGCAUGCACUCAUGCUGCAGGACGUGAAGGCUGUGGUGACUCACUCAGUCCAGAGUGGCAUACACUCCAUUGGUGGUGUGCAGGUCCUCUUCCCUCUGUUUGCACAGCUGGAUUAUUGCCAGCCCUCCAGCCAAGAGCUGGACACCUCUGUUUGCUGCACUUUGCUGUCUUUUGUGAUGGAGCUCUUGAAGAACUCAGUGGCUAUGCAAGAGCAGGUCUUGGCCUGCAAAGGCUUUCUCGUCAUCGGCUACACUUUGGAAAAGUCUUCCAAGCUACACGUGACGCGGCCUGUCCUGGACAUCGUUCUGGCCUUUUCCAGAUACCUUAGCAACUUGCAGAAUGGCAUCCUGCCGCUCAAGCAGCUGUGUGACCACAUCCUGUUCAACCCUGCCAUCUGGAUCCAUGCCCCUGCCAAGGUGCAGCUGAUACUCUACACUUACCUGGCAACGGAGUUCAUCAGCACGGUGACCAUCUACAAUGCCAUACGCAGGGUGGGCACAGUGCUUCAGGUCAUGCAUACACUAAAAUACUACUACUGGGUGGUUAACCCUCAAGACCGCAGUGGAGUUGUGCCUAAAGGCCUUGAUGGUCCAAGGCCAAACCAGAAGGAGAUGCUCUCUUUGCGAGCGUUUCUACUGUUGUUUGUCAAACAACUCAUAAUGAAGGAUCAUGGGGUGAAGGAAGAUGAGCUGCAGAGUAUCCUCAACUACCUCCUGACCAUGCACGAGGAUGACAAUCUCAUGGAUGUGCUGCAGCUGUUAGUUGCUCUGAUGUCUGAACAUCCUGGCUCCAUGGUCCAAGCCUUUGACCAGCGUAAUGGGAUUCGUGUGAUCUAUAAGCUACUGGCAUCAAAAAGUGAGGGAAUAAGAGUCCAAGCACUCAAGGUCAUGGGAUACUUUCUGAAAAGCUUGUCACCAAAGAGGAAAGCCGAGGUCAUGCUGAGUCAUGGUCUGUUCUCGCUGCUCACCGAACGCCUGAUGCUCCACUCCAACCAGUUCACCAUGACAACCUACAAUGUGCUCUUUGAGAUUCUUACAGAGCAGAUCUGCACUCAAGUGAUCCAUAAACAGCAUCCGGACCCCGACUCCACUGUGAAGAUUCUCAACCCACAGAUUCUGAAGGUAAUAGCAGCCUUGCUGAAGAAUACUCCCCCAUCCCCUGAGAGCAUGGAGGUGCGCAGGGUCUUUCUGUCAGACAUGAUCAAACUGUUCAAUAACAGCAGAGAGAACCGCAGGAGCCUGCUGCAGUGCUCCGUGUGGCAGGAGUGGAUGCUCUCUCUGUGCUUCAUCAACCCACGGAACAGUGAGGAGCAGAAAAUCACAGAGAUGGUGUACGCCAUCUUCCGCAUCCUGCUCUACCACGCCAUCAAAUACGAGUGGGGCGGCUGGCGUGUCUGGGUGGACACCCUGUCCAUCACCCACUCCAAGGUGACAUUUGAGCAGCACAAAGAGAAUCUGUCACAGAUGUUCCGUCAGUACCAGCAUCAGGGCUCCACGGGCUCUCGGAGCACAAUCCGCACCAUCUCAGGUGCCAGCCAAAGCUCCGAGACGAUAAAAAGUGCGAAUGGGUCACCUGCGGAGGACAUGGCGCCCUCCACUGUUAUUGAGCUGACAGUGGACGGAUUGUCCCAGAAAUCCCUCGACUCAGCAACCAGUUCCACCAACACCUCCAGACCAGUGGACACUACUGAAUACAGGGAAGAAACAUCCAUCACUGUGUCCAACAUCCUUGCAAGAGCUGAAGAAGAUGAAGAGCAGGUGGAUGAGUCUCCCAGAGAUGGUUCAGUUGACGGAAAAGAAGCCGAAAGUGGCUCAAGUCACCAAACCAAAGGAGGGAAGGAAAAUGAAGAGACUAACACUCAAAAUGUGACGACAGAAAGUUCGUCUGACAUAAACAAUACAGAGCUAGAAGCUGCUCACAGCAACCAACCUGAAACAGCUGCAACAGCUGCCGUGGAAGCACUUGGAGACUCGACCACAUCUACAGGUGAUGAUGCACAAACAGCUGUAACAGAGGAUGAUGAGUUGAAGAACGAGUCAUUCAACUCCACAACAGAAAACACUUUAAAUGAGAGAGGCCCAUUGGAUGCAGAACAUGGAGGGAAGACAGGCCACAAGUCCUCGGAGCCAGCACCCUGUCUGGAGAACAGCGUGCUGGGUGGAGCAUCCGUGUUCAGCGAGGACUUGGCUGACAUCUCGUCCGUGAGUGACCAGAUCCGACAAAGUGACGCCGAUGACAGUCAAGAGGAGUCCUCUUAUGCUUCUGCUGCAACCGGAGAAGAAGGUGAUGCUUUGAAAAAUGAGGGAGACAAUGAAAGCAAAACAAAUGAUCAGGAAAGACAGGAAAAUAAGGAGGAAGAGGAAAAAGAAGGGAAACAGGAGGCGAGUGUGCAAGACAAAGAAACAAGUGAAUCCGAAGAAAAACAGGUGCCUUGUCUGAACAGUGAGACUCCGAGUGUCGUAGAACCACCUAAAGAAAGUGUUAGUGAUGGACAUCCUUCGUCCAUAAAUGAAGCUGCAAGCGACGACCAGCCGCCAUCAGAUUCCACACCACCUUCCUCAGCUCAGGUGGCGGCAGCAGCCUCAGGUUCCACCUCCCUCAGCCAGCCUUCAGAGACCAGUGACACCACUGCAGGGGAAACCCCGUCCGGUGCCGCUGAUAGCAGCUCUGACACCCACAAGAGCACCGACUCCGUCAGCAAGACCAAAGAGAUCAAAAUUGCCAGGCUGGACGUGUCCAAUGUGGCCUUAGACACUGAGAGACUUGAACUAAAGGAGACCUCUUCAACAGAAACAAGCCAAGGCCAUUCAACUACAACAGCAUCAGCAGAAGCAGGAAGUUCUUCAGGCCAGCCAAGAGAGAGCGGCACGCCGGCUCCUCGCUCCACCAUGUUCCGUAUCCCAGAAUUCCGCUGGUCCCACAUGCAUCAGCGCCUCCUCACCGACCUGCUCUUCUCUAUUGAGACAGAUGUCCAGAUGUGGAGGAGUCAUUCCACAAAGACGAUAUUGGAUUUUGUAAACAGCAGCGAGAACGUUGUGUUUGUCCACAACAGCAUCCACCUCAUCUCCCAGGUGGUGGACAAUCUCAUUAUGGCCUGUGGUGGCAUUUUACCUCUGCUGUCUGCUGCCACAUCAUCAUCUCAUGAGUUGGAGAGCAUUGAGCCAUCCCAGGGUUUGGCGGUGGAGGCAUCCGUCACCUUUUUGCAGCGCCUCAUCAGCCUCGCAGAUGUUCUCAUCUUUGCCAGCUCGCACAACUUCACAGAGAUAGAAGCUGAGAAAAACAUGUCGUCGGGGGGCAUUCUGCGACAGUGCCUUCGCCUGGUGUGUGCUAUGGCAGUGAGAAACUGUCUGGAGUGUCAGCACUGCGCAGAGGGCUCGGCACGCAGCUGCACAGUGAUGCCCAGCGCCGCGCUGGGAACAGCCCUGUCUGCACCGGCACAGAGCCCCGUUGAUGCAGUGACAGGUGGCAUGUCUCCAAUCAGAGACUUUGACCGGCUCCUUCAAGACAUGGACAUUAACCGCCUCAGGGCUGUAGUCUUCAGAGAUAUUGAGGACAGUAAGCAGGCUCAGUUUCUGGCUCUCGCUGUGGUUUACUUCAUCUCAGUCCUCAUGGUGUCCAAGUAUCGUGACAUCCUGGAGCCUCACAAUGAUAAGAAACACCCCCAAAGAUCCCAGUCUUCUAGGAGCACAGACAGUGGAGCCGCUUCGGCCGGAACGGAGGUGGAGGGCGGCUUCUCUCUCAGGCGCUAUGAUUCUGGUAUUGGCGAUGACCACACCUCAACUGCGGCAAGUGAAGCCGACCUGUCAUCCUCUGGAGUAGCUCACGGUCCUGACGCCAUCUCAGAGGCCCUGUCCACACUGUCGUCUGAGGUCAAACCUGCUCUGUCUGCCGAUUCAAAGGGCAAGAAUGUGAAGGACAUUCUGCGCAGCCUUGUGAGCGCUCCGGCCGACGAUAUCAUGGUGGACCCAAGUCUGCUGCCACCAGCUUUUCUAGGACCUGUGGGCGACACUGGCAGAGACUCGUCCCUUCAGUUCCGCUCCUUUGAUAGAAGUGUUGUUGUUGCACCCAAGAAAGUGGGAAUGGCACCAUCUCCAGGCGCUUCCACAUCUGCUACGACACCCACUGCUGCCUCCGUGUCUGGAACGCCAGUGGACAGCGUUGCUGUGGUAUCUUCUGGCGACGCCUCCCAGAGCACCUCUGCAGACUCUGCAGCUUGUGAGUCAGGCGGCCAGGUUCCAGCCAGCACCAGCCUGCCAUCUGUCCCCCCACUCUCCCCUGUGACCCAGAACACAGCCCCCAAUAUGAGCAUCUCCGAGCGUCUAGAACAUGCACUUGAAAAGGCGGCUCCUCUGCUGAGGGAGAUCUUUGUGGACUUUGCCCCCUUUCUCUCUCGUACCCUGCUGGGAAGUCACGGACAAGAGCUGCUUAUCGAGGGCACCAGCCUUGUGUGUAUGAAGUCCAGCAGCUCAGUGGUGGAGCUCGUCAUGCUUCUCUGUUCUCAGGAAUGGCAGAACUCUAUCCAGAAAAACGCUGGACUUGCCUUUAUCGAGUUGGUCAACGAAGGAAGGCUGCUCAGUCAUACCAUGAAAGACCACCUGGUUCGUGUGGCCAAUGAAGCCGAGUUUAUCCUGAGCCGACAGAGGGCUGAAGACGUACAUAAACAUGCAGAAUUUGAGUCUAAUUGCGCUCAUUACGGGGCAGACAAGCGAGAUGAGGAGAAGAUGUGCGACCAUUUGAUCCGAGCAGCCAAGUAUCGAGACCACAUGACCGCCACACAGCUCAUCCAGAAGAUAGUCAACAUCCUGACUGACAAACACGGAGCCUGGGGAAACUCUUCAAUAAGCCGACCAAGGGAGUUCUGGCGCCUGGACUACUGGGAGGACGAUUUAAGGAGGCGACGUCGCUUCAUCAGGAACCCCUUCGGAUCCAGUCACUCAGAAGCUACGCUCAAAGGCGCCGCCGAACACGUGGCUGAUAUUGGUGCAUCCGAGGAGGAUAUUCUCAAAGGCAAGCAGUCCAUCAGGAGUCAGGCUCUAGGAAAUCAAAACUCAGAGAGUGAGGCAUCACUUGACGGAGACGAUGACACUCUAUCAUCCUUAGAGGAGAAGGACCUGGAGAACUUUACAGGCCCAGUAAACCUGAGCACCAGCGCUCAGCUCGUCGCCCCGGCCGUGGUGGUGAAAGGCACCCUGUCCAUCACCGCCUCCGAGCUGUACUUCGAGGUGGAUGAGGAAGACCCGAGCUUCAAGACCAUCGACUCAAAGAUUUUAGCCUAUACAGAAGGUCUUCAUGGAAAAUGGCUGUUCACCGAAGUCCGGGCUGUCUUUUCCAGACGCUACCUGCUGCAGAAUACCGCGCUGGAAUUGUUCAUGGCAAACAGAACGGCAGUCAUGUUCAACUUCCCAGAUGCAGCCACGGUGAAGAAGGUGGUGCACAGUCUUCCUCGCGUUGGGGUGGGGACGAACUUUGGUCUUCCACAGACGAGACGCAUUUCUCUGGCCACACCCAAGCAGCUCUUCAAGGCAUCCAGCAUGACUCAGCGCUGGCAACGCCGCGAGAUUUCCAACUUUGAGUACCUGAUGUUUCUCAACACUAUCUCGGGUCGCACUUUCAAUGACCUAAACCAGUACCCAGUCUUCCCAUGGGUCAUCACCAACUAUGAUUCAGAGGAACUUGACCUCACUCUGCCCAGCAACUUCAGGGAUCUGUCCAAGCCAAUUGGUGCACUGAACCCCAAGAGGGCAGCAUUCUUUUCAGACCGGUUUGAGUCCUGGGAGGACGACCAGGUGCCCAAGUUCCACUAUGGCACACACUACUCCACCUCCAGCUUCACCUUGAUGUGGCUACUGCGUAUGGAACCCUUCACCACGUUCUUCCUCAACUUCCAAGGGGGGAAGUUCGACCAUGCUGACCGCACCUUCUCCUCAGUGUCCAGGGCCUGGAGGAACUGCCAAAGAGACACAUCUGAUGUUAAGGAGCUGAUUCCAGAGUUCUUCUAUCUUCCCGAGAUGUUUGUCAACGCCAACAACUACAACCUGGGAGUGAUGGAGGAGGGCAACGUGGUCUCCGAUGUGGAUCUUCCACCGUGGGCCAAGAGCCCGGAGGAGUUUGUCCGAAUUAAUCGGAUGGCUCUGGAGAGUGAGUUUGUGUCCUGCCAGCUACACCAGUGGAUCGACUUGAUAUUUGGAUACAAGCAGCAAGGACCUGAAGCUGCCAGAGCCCUCAAUGUUUUCUAUUAUCUGACCUAUGAGGGGGCAGUCAACCUCAGCUCCAUCAAUGACCCCAUGCUGAGAGAGGCUGUGGAGUCUCAAAUUAGGAGUUUUGGACAGACCCCCUGCCAGCUGCUUAUUGAGCCACACCCACCCAGAAGCUCAGCCAUGCAAGUGUAUCUUCUCCUGCAGACCCCAAUGAUGUUUACGGAGCAGAUGCAGCAGGAUGUUAUCAUGGUGCUGAAGUUCCCAUCCAACUCCCCUGUUACACACGUAGCAGCCAACACCCAGCCGGGCCUCGCCUCGGCUGCCAUCAUUACUGUCACCGCCAACCGCCUCUUUGCUGUCAACAAGUGGCACGGCCUGACAGGUCAUCAGAGCUCAGCGGAGCAGCAGUACCAACUUCCUGUGGAAAUUGACCCUCUGAUAGCCAGUAACGUGGGCGCUCAUAGGCGUCAGAUCUCAGACCUGCUGGAUCAGAGCAUGCAGAUCAGUUCCCAGUGUUUUGUCAUCACAGCCGACAACCGCUUUAUCCUCCUGUGUGGCUUCUGGGACAAGAGCUUCCGGGUCUACUCCACCGACUCAGGCAAACUAACCCAGAUAGUGUUCGGGCAUCGGGAUGUGGUGACGUGCCUCGCUCGCUCCGAGUCGUACAUCGGAGGAGACUGCUACGUCCUGUCGGGGUCCAGAGAUGCCACCCUGCUGCUGUGGUACUGGAACGGAAAGCACAGCAGCAUCGGAGAGAGCCCAGGCACGUUCAUCACGCCCAGGGCCAUCCUGACGGGCCACGACUGCGAGGUGACCUGUGCCAGCGUGUGCGCCGAGUUGGGUCUCGUCAUCAGUGGCUGCAAAGAGGGUCCUUGUCUGAUCCAUUCCAUGAAUGGGGACCUGCUGCGGACCCUGGAGGGCCCAGAGCGCUGCCUGCGGCCCCGGCUCAUCCAGUCUUCCACCGAGGGCCACUGCGUGAUUUACUACGACAAGGGGCAGUUCUGCCUCUUCAGCGUCAACGGCAAACUCCUCGGACACGUGGAAGUGGAAGACGGCAUCAAGGCCAUGCUUCUCAGUAGAGACGGUCAGUAUCUGCUGACCGGAGGAGAUGGAGGCGUCGUGUCGGUCUGGCAGGUCCACAACCUGAAGCAGCUGUUCACCUACCCCGGCUGUGACGCAGGAGUCCGCUCCAUGGCCAUGUCACAUGACCAAAGGUGUAUCAUAACCGGCAUGGCAUCGGGAAGCAUCGUCCUCUUCUACAACGACUUCAACAGGUGGCACCACGAGUACCAGACCCGGUACUGAGGGGAAACUUGACUAACAGAGACGGAUAAAUGUUUGAUGUCACAAGGGUGAACUCUUAUCAGAUGCACUGUUCUGUCUAUCUCCUGAUAUCCUGAAUGUAUCUUAGUGGAAGAAGAAGAAGAAAAUAAUCUGUCCUGUUAAAGUAAAAGAACUACUAUUUUUAAAAAGGGCAUUGCUAUAUUUUGUAGAUCAGAUAGAAAUUUUCAUAUAAAUUGAAAGGUGGGGGGUUACAUUAUUGUACGGUUCAAACAGAUCUAUUUUUAGCUGUGAGAGUCUAUUUUCAUCUCCUCCAGAAAAUAAAAAAAAGGGAUUUGUGGGGAGUUGACGACUUAAAAAAAAAAAAAAAAAAAUCAAAAUAUUUCUCUACCUUUGGGGGUGAGUGAUUUUUGUUUUUGUUUUUUUCCAGUAGAUGUGUAUGUUGGGGAAUAAAUAUUCAACUAUCAUUCACUUGCUUUUCACUGUUUUGGCACAGCGGGUAGAUAGGAAGUGUUUGAUUAAAAGAUGAUGUACUUAACGGACCGGUGAAGAGGAAAAUACAUUUCUAUAAAUAUCUAUAUAUAUAAUGUUUAAAUGUAGUCCUCCAUAUUUAUGACGUCUAAUCCUUCUGUACCUCUGUGCUUGCUUAGAGAUUGUUUUUGUGCAUGACUCAUAUUGAACAUAUCAGUUUAUUUAAAAUGUCAAACAUCAUUAAAAAAAAAAAGAAAAAAAAGAAACUGCAUCAGUUAUUUGAUUGAAGGGGUUCUCCUCUUGUACGUUUCUUUUCUAAAUGACUGAAUAAGCAGUAAACUGUUAUUUCUGAAGUCUUGGGGAGCCUCAGAUGAAGUUUGUGAUGGAUAGAAGAGAAGUGUUGAUCAUGAUUUGAUUGGACCGUCAGACAGUUCCACAUCUGUCGGGGUCUGGUCUCCAAAGCAGUGAAAGGAAAGCCUUUUUCCAUUCUCAUCACAGCUGUCCAAAUUACUGAACGAGUAAUAUUGUUUAAAUCUGAUCAACACAAAUUCUAGGAGCAUAUUUCUUUGCUUCUGUGUUUUAACAAGCAUUCACUUGUGUUGUUGAUUUUUCCGGAAACAUUCCUUUCUUUAAAGUUUGUGCUUCAAUGUGGUUUGAAUCUCUAGUUAUAUGGGGAACUACUCUUUUCAAUAACUUUUUUUUUUUCAAUCAUUUUGGAGUGUUGUUUGCCGAGUUCUGACAAUAAAAAGGAAUUUUAUAAUUUGAACUGUCAAUCUUUUAUUACCACAACUGUACAGCACCCUCUAGUGGUCAGA